AUGUUUCGCUUAUCAUUCAUAUUGAAUAUUCGGCCAUCAUCAAGACAAAUUAUUUAUUCAUCUCGUUUUACUCAUUCAAUUUAUCCUUUGACAAUACGUGAAGUGUAUGAUAAAAAACCUUUAAAUCAAUCCAUAAAUCUAAUCGGCUAUCUGCUCAAUGCAAGAAAAUUAAAAACACACUAUUUUCUUGAUCUAUUCGAUGGUUCAUUAACAAAUAAUCAAAAACAUUUACAAGUUGUUGCAUCAUUUAACAACCAUCCAGAUUUACCACAUUUAACAUAUGGUUGUUCAAUAAAUGUACAAGGCAAAUUUGUUCAAAGUAAUCAUCCUAAACAAGAAUUUGAAUUGCAAGCUGAAACUAUUAGUUUAAUAAAUUCAUCUGACGCAUCUAAUUAUCCAUUUAAACCGAACGCUGAACAAACAUUGUUAAUGUUACGUAAAGAUGAGCAUCUUCGUUUACGUUCACCACUUGCACAAGUCGUUUUUCGUUUACGUAGUCAAUUAAUGUUUAGUUUAUAUGAAUAUUUUUAUAAACAUAAUUUCGUUCAAAUUCAAACUCCAUGUUUAACAAGAAAUGAUUGUGAAGGUGGCGGCGAAACGUUUCGCAUUCAACCAUAUAAAUCGCAUAAAACUCAGGCGGAAAAAGAAUAUUUUAAUGAUCAAGUUUAUUUAACUGUAUCAGGACAAUUACAUCUUGAAACAGCAGCGAAUGGUUUUGGACGUGCCUAUACACUGAAUCCAGCAUUUCGUGCAGACAAGAAUCUUAGUCGAUUUCAUUUAGCAGAAUUUUGGAUGUUAGAAGUGGAAGUCGCUGGUUUCACUAAACUAGAUCAAUUACUUAAUGCUUAUAUUGAUCUUUUACGUACACUUGCAAUUGAUAUAUAUAGUAAAUGUUCCGAAGAAUUUAAAUAUCUAAUUAAGAAUAAUAUUCAAUCAACACAUAUUGAUAGAUUCCUUCAGCAAAAUGAUUAUCCAAGAAUAAGUUAUGAAGAAGCUGUAAACUAUUUAAGAAAUAGUGUUGAUUUUCAUAAUUUUCCUGACGACGGUGAUUUUACUCGUGCGCAUGAAAAUUAUCUUUGUCAAACAAUAAUGAACAAUCAAGCAUUUUUCAUAAUCAAUUAUCCAAAAAAGUUGAAACCAUUUUAUAUGUCAAUUAAUGAUGAUGAUGCAACAGUUGCUAAUUUUGAUUUUAUAUUUCCAUCCAUUGGCGAGUUAUCUGGUGGAAGUCUUCGAGAACAUCGCUUUGAAAAUUUAAAAUUACGUUUAGAUGAAUUCGAUUUAACACAUGAUCUACAAUGGUAUCUUGAUUUAAGACGUUUUGGUGGAAUGCCAACAGGAGGUUUUGGUCUAGGAAUAGAAAGAUUUUUAAUGGCUAUAACCGGUAUUGAUAAUGUUCGAGAUGUUAUUUUAUUUCCUCGAUACUAUCAGCAUUGCGAUGGAUAA